GGGGUAGCAGCCCAAGUGGCAGGGUAUAAGCCCCGGGGUGGGGGGGUACUUCUGUUAGUGAGGGGGGCAGUAGGGCCUGAACAUUUGCCCCUAGGAGGGGCAGUUGGAGCUGUUCCAUCCCCUGGCCGGAGACGAUCGUGUGACGGAGUCUGUUUCUGCCCCGGAGGGGGUAUCAGGGCUCGGAGAUGCUGGAAACCACCAUGGGGGAGGCCAGUCCUGAAGAUCCGCCCCUGAACUUGAAGUCCCUGUCUCAGCCCCCCCAGAAACGCUCUCGCACGGUGGAAGACUUUAACCGCUUUUGCAGCUUCGUGUUGGCCUACGCCGGGUACAUACCCACCCCUGCUAAAGAGGAGCGCGCGUGGACCCCUCCAAGCUCCGUGUCUCCCCACCGAACAGAGGAAAGUGAUGGCUGGGACUCCCCCGACCCCCCCCAACUCCCUGCACCCCCUGAGCCUCCUCAGCCCCCUGCAACCUCCGAUAUCAGCACCAUCGAGACUUUUGUCAUGAAAGCUAAAUCCCAAGGGGCCGGUGGGGGCAGUAGCAAGAUGCCCGGGGGGCAAGAAGAUGGCGCGGAGGAGGAGGAGGUGCAAGCGAAAAAGGGGAGUCGCAGGAAAAGGCGGCAGCGGCACCGGGGGGGCGUGAGAAUGAGCGACACCGAUACGGACGAGGAAGAGCGAGAGGAGAGACCGGCGGCACCGGGGUCACUGCCUGCCCCCCAACUGCCCCCCAGUGCAGAAAGCAGCCGAGACGGAGGGGGCAGCUCCAGCGACGCAGACACCCAAGUGAUGGACGAGGAUAUUAUGGUGGAAUCAGGGGACGACUCGUGGGACCUGGUCACAUGUUACUGCGAGAAGCCGUUUGCGGGGCGCCCCAUGAUCGAGUGCAACGUGUGCUGCACGUGGGUGCACCUCUCCUGUGCCAAGAUCCGCAAGAGCAACGUGCCCGACGUCUACUACUGCCAGAAGUGCAGGGCAGGAAGGCUCCCGGGGGCCACCACGCCAAAGGCAGACUCCGCCCCCUGAGCCCAAACACAGAGACUGAGGGGCGGGCACAGUGUACCCCACCCUAGAGCACCUACUUGUGGAAGAUUUGUGUUGUUUUGUGGGGGGGAUCACAAUGAGCCCGGGCGAAUAGGGAGAGACUGCGGGGGUGGGAGGGGCAUACAGAGCAGGGGCGGGGUGAACUCCGCCCCCCACGGAGCCGAUCUCUCCCUACUCCCCUCGGAGCAUUGCUGUGUGUGUCCCAAGGUGCCGUUGCCGGGGGUGGGGCAGUGGCGCCCCCUAUGCCAGCGGCUCGUGUAAAUAAUGGACAGAAUCUUUAUUUUUUUUGUCUCUCCUGUAAUAAAUGCGGUUUGUACCCUACAAAUAAA